AAUAUUAGCAGGAGGCAAAGUCUGCUCCCCAUGACAUCAGCUGUCCCUUCUUGGACAUUCUAUUGUCUCCUAGAGAGUUCUGGCAUCCUCUGUGAUGUCACCAGUGUUGUAGUGACAAUCAGUGCCCUAGUUUCUCUCAGUCUGAGUCUGGCAGUUACAAGCUAAGACAUGUUUUCCCGUCUUCGCAAGCGUUUUGGGAGGGGGAACGUCGAUUCUGGAGAGACUAGAGUGAAGGAGUCUGGCCUUUCGUCUCAAAGUAAUGAUGGACAAAGACAGCACUUCUGGGGAAUGUGGAACGCUGGGAGAGAAACAUCAUCCCCUGGCACUGAACUAAGCGAGAAUCAGGCCAAGAAGGAAAAGGAGAGGCUGAUUAAAGAGCUGCAGCUCAUUACCGAGGAGAGAAAUGACCUGAGAGAUCGCCUGAGGUUUCUGACAGAGAGAUCCAUGAAGAACAGGUCACACUUCAGGCCAAAUCCAUAUUAUGAAGACCUGGAGAGAAUGGAGGAGGCGGUCAUGUCAAUUCUGCACAACUUAGAGAUGGAGAACACUGAGGUCCAUGAGAACAACCAUAAGCUGAAGAAGGAGAUUACCUUCUCUAGAAACCUGCUCAGCCAGCUCCUGAUGGAGAACACAUGUAGGAAGAAGUUGGUCCCACUGAAGCAGGAGAGCAAGGAGGUACAUCUUGAUUGUGCACUGAACCAGAAAUAUUUGGUUGACUUUAACAAGAAAGAUAAAGACCAUCAACGGACAGAACCAGCAUUAUCAGGUCUCAGAAAGUGCAAGAGAGCUGGAAUUGGACACACAGCAGUAAGAGAGCUUCCUGAAGAAUAAGUUGCUUUCUCAGGAGUCCCUGAUGACCAACAUCCUGAAUGGUAACAACAUUUUUUGGAUGAGUAUUCAUCCUCUGAGUUAAUUUGUCAUUUCUUAGAGACGCUAAAUUUAUAUACCACUAAGCCAGCCUGACUGAUUGAAGUCUUACUUUCUUCUCAGAAAACAGCACUUGAGAGACAACUUGGGGGACCGCCUUUCAUUAUGUGGGCUAGAGGAGAAACAGCAAUACAUCUGUGCUUCUAAAUGUUCCUUAAGAAUAUGCUUUUAGAAAUAUUUUUGUUAUGAUUUUAAUUGAAGUUUUCUUUUUGUUGUUUCAUAUUUAUAUGUUCUUGUUACUAUUUUUACUUUCAAAUAUUUUUAAAUAUUUUUAUUCAUUUUAAUCCUGUUUUGUUGUAAAAAUGUAUUUGUUAUGAAUAAAAAUUGA